UAACAGAUUUGUUUACAAUUUGGUCUUAGUUGAGGAGUUUUUAAAUAAAAAGAGUAAAGUUUAUAAAUAUAAGCAAGUGGUAUAAAAAAUUCAAACCAUUAAACAUGGAGAUAGAGAGAAACAAUGCUAAAAUUCAAUGCAGUGAUUUCAAGAAAUGCGGGGAAAUAGCCACAUUGCUGUCGAUUGGAAAGCCGGACUUUUUUUUGAAUUGUGGUUUUUGUGAAUAUACUUUCAUUCAAUUAGAUAAUUUUAUCCGCCAUAUGUAUGAAGACCAUCACAACGAAUUUCCUGGUUAUGAAUUAAAACAAGAUCCCAAUGAAAUGGAAGAAAUAAUGAUGGAGGAAAAGUACAACACAGAGCCCGAAGAAAUCGACGAUUAUAAUAAUACCAAUGAUUAUAUAAUAAAAGGAUUUGAAAAAGUAGAAAUUGAAGUGGACAUGUCUGAAGAACACGUUCCUCUCGAUAUUGGAGACAAUUUUGCAAAAGAAUAUUGGGAUGAAGAGAACCUGCUUGAAAAUAAGAUACACGGAGGUGAAUUCCAAAAAGGAUGUAAUAAGGUGAAAUUGCCCUCUGAAAAAGAAAACACUCGUAACCGACAGCAUACAAAACAACAUAACAACAAGUUAUUAGAAGAUGCAUACAAUAGUGAAGAAACUACUGAUGACUUCACGAUAUCUGAAAAAAUUAUUGAAGUAGAAAGAAUAUCUAAAGUUAAUCGUCGGCGAAAUGAUAAUAGAAAGAAAAACAUAUUAAAAGAUGAUAAAAUCAAAAGCGAAGGAAAUGGUAAUGCCUCGGAAAUUCCACAAGAAAUCGAAAAUUUCUCUUACUUCGAAGAAAAUAGCCAUGUCCUGCCCAAAAAUACACUUGAAUUAAAUAGCAAUCAGCUGACUGGCAAUUCUUACAAAUCAGAUGACUCUGAUGUCGAAAAAGAGUUAGAAGAAACUCAAAUCUCAGAUUCUGGGCAUAGUGAAGAUAAAAGAAACGAGAGUUUAUAUGAAGCACAAGCUAAAUCAAAGACAGCGAUUAUGAAAAUGACGAUAACUACGGAUAUUACGCUAAAAGAUGAGCACUACAAACUUUUGGCUGAAAUAUAUGAGGCGAAUAGGUGCCUUUGGGAUGAAGAGGAUAUCGCAUAUCGGUUUAGGAAUAGGCGUGAGGAAGCAUUAAAAUCUGUACAAAAGGAAUUCACUGAAAAAUCUGGCCUGAACUUGACCUUAGAGGAUUUGGAAAGUCAAAUUGUACAGCUGCGUAGAUCUUGUUCGAUUGAAAAGAGAAAAAAAAUUCAUUGCAAAAGAGACAAGUUAAAGUUCAUACCCAAUUGUCCAUAUUAUCAGCAGAUAGCCUAUCUCGAGGUUGACGUGCCACCUUUCGAAUGCAAAAUAUGUGAUAAGUUACUAUCGGGUUUGGGUCAAUUCAAGGUGCAUGUCGCUUCUCAUGAUGGUUCACUGCCAUUUAAAUGCCAUCUCUGUGGACAUGGCUUUCAGUUAGCAUCUAAUUUAACUGUGCACUUACGGAGGCACGUGCAUGAUUACACGUAUAAUUGUGAGGUGUGCAAUAAGCCCUGCGCCACAACGACCGAAUUGAAAAUUCAUAUGCGUUCGCACACCGGCGAAAAGCCCUUCGUUUGUUAUAUUUGUGGGCAAAAGGCUCGAACAUCUUCCCAACUUUUAGUGCAUACGCUGCGCCACCAGAAUCGACCGCGUCACAAAUGUAAACUGUGCCCUAAAACAUUUUAUGAAACAGGAACAUUAAACGAGCACAUGAGUAUUCAUCGGAAUAUCAGAGACAAAAUAUGCGAGAUAUGCGAUAAAGGUUUCACCAGCAAUAAACAAUUACGCCAGCAUCAGCUUAUCCAUAACGUCGAGAAAAAGUAUGCCUGCAAAUUUUGUGAAAAGCGCUUCGCUCAAUAUGCCGGCCUCAGUGGGCAUAUGAAAACGCAUGGCACAAAAUUAUCUGCGAGCGUUCCUGACAAUUUUUUAUAGGACUAAAAAUUUCUGCGCCUAAACUUUACUAAAUAUGUCUAAGUUUAAAUUAGUAAUAUUUUUCAAAAACAAACUAAAAAUUUAAAUUGAUUAUGUAUCAAAAUUCUCUCUUCCGUUUUUAAUAUAAUAAUUUUCCCAACAGUUGGGUCGUAACAGGAAUGGGUGACAGACUUUACUCCGGCAGAGCGCUGUAGAUUCGGUAAUAUUCUCAAAAAUUAAUUGAAGAAUGUUUUCUGCCGCUACAAUAUUAAGUUUUUUGGCUAUGUAAAGUUUGCGUUUCACUAAAACAGGGGUGACCAAAAAAUUUAACUCCAGAAUCACACGACAACAAUAUCAAUUACAACAACAUUGUUCUCAGGAUAAGAAAAAAUAUGUACUUCGAAUUAAAACUUUAUUACUAAAGCUCCGUCAGGAUCGGAAGGACCUGUCCGAACCGUUCGAUAACAAACGAGGUUUCUAAAAGAGUACAACUGCUGGCAUACGCCGAUGAUAUUGAUAUUGACUCAACAUUAGUUUUGCUUUCUCCAGACUGGAUAAGAAAGCGAAGCAGAUGGGUCCGUUAGUGAACGUGGGCAAGUCGAAAUAUCUAUCCAAGUGUAGAAGAACCUGGCUGCACUUGCUAUCUCGAAUUGGCGUCAAAUUGUUAAAAGAAGCAACAAUUGGCGCGCUGUUGCCAACUCGGCUAUAACCGCGUAGCAGUGUCUACGCCAUUAAAGAAGAUCAAUGUGCAUAUUGUUCUUAAAAUGCUGUUUGUUGUAAAAAAUAUUGUUGGGAAUGUUAAAUUUUUUUCUUAUUUUACACAUUUCAAUUUAAUUAAGUGCAUAGAUCCUUCGGAGAAGUUUUCAUAUUGGAUUCUAUUAAAAUGCAUUUAUUUUACUUUCUCAUAAACGCAUCAGUACUCAGACGAUUAAGCUGCAGCUUUUCUAAAAACUCAUUUACCGCUUUGUAGAUUUCCUUCCUUAUUCCGUUGCUGUUGUUGUCUUACGUAUAUUAGUAUUUUAUUUAAUUUUUGCGUCUACAUCCACAAACAUGAGGAAAUUAUUACUUGUGAUGCAUAGAGUGUAGUUAGUGUUAAAACGAUUUCGUUUAUUUUCUACAAGUGGAAUUGCUUGUACAUCGCUACUUUAUCAAGAAAGAAAUAUAUUAAAUUGUAUAUUAAGUGCUUCGCGUACGAAACAAUUAAGUAGAAAUACUAGGAGACGCACAAAAAAAAGGAAAUUAGCUGUUUUAAAAUUUUGUUUAUCCAUAUUUCAAAAGCAAUUUAAGUCAUGAAUCCGCUAUUCGAAGACAGCUACUAAUUAAAAAAAAAUCAACAUGUACAUCCUGGCCGAAAAUCCACUUUUUAUUUUGUGCUAUACAAAAAAGUUUACGUACACACAACUUCCGCAACUAUUCAUGCUCUGAAAAUCCAACUAAAACAAAUAAAAUGUUCAACGAUACUAUAAAGAUUUAAUAUUUGGCGUAGCAACGUCCUUCACAUCUUCCAUAAAUUCUAUCUGAAUAACUAUCAUCUCGGAUAAUUAUCUUACGACUUAUAUUUAAAGGGGAAUAGAGCACAUGCAUUUGGCCAAAUUAUUAACAAACCGUCAUCGAGUGUAAAGAUAAUUCAAACAUUUGGAAAUUCUGGAACUUUGCAAGUAAAACCACGUUUAGGUUGUUCAAAAAAUUAACAGCCAGCGAUGAACGUUAUUUACUGUGUGUCAUACAUGCACAACCUAAGCAAUCGACUCCAAAAAUACAGUACUAAGUAUUACGCUCAUGAUGGCGUGUCAAAAUGUGGUCCACAAAAAUGGGGUUUGAUGGCUAAAUGCGAGUUAAUUAAAAAAAAAAAAGACACAGACGUGCAGUCCGAAAAUGCUUCGGCCUUUUAUAGUAAUUAAUAUUAAUUUACUCAAAAAAAGUUUAACAUAAUAUUCCAAAACUUUACGGAUACUUUUUUGUGAUUUUUUUUUAUCCUUCUGUUUUUUUAUUACUUUAGAAAAUGAGAAAAUUGUUGUAAAUAUACAUAUAUUUGUAUGUAUGAAAUAUGAUAAUCAAUUUGUGUUUUUAUGUAUAAGAGGGGAUAGAUUUGGUCAAGGGGCUAUACUAGUAUACUUUCAAAAAAAAUAUUUUUUUUUGCUUGUUCGAUAGUUUAUAUUUCCAAAAAUGUCGGCAAGGUUUUUGAAUGG